AGGUCACAUCGGUCUCAAUGUGUCCCCACCAAACCUUCUCCUAGGUCACAUCGGUCUCAAUGUGUCCCCACCAAACCUUCUCCUAGGUCACAUCGGUCUCAAUGUGUCCCCACCAAACCUUCUCCUAGGUCACAUCGUUCUCAAUGUGUCCCCACCAAACCUUCUCCUAGGUCACAUCGUUCUCAAUGUGUCCCCACCAAACCUUCUCCUAGGUCACAUCGGUCUCAACGUGUCCCCACCAAACCUUCUCCUAGGUCACAUCGGUCUCAAUGUGUCCCCACCAAACCUUCUCCUAGGUCACAUUGGUGUCAAUGUGUCCCCACCAAACCUUCUCCUAGGUCACAUCGGUCUCAAUGUGUCCCCACCAAACCUUUCCUAGGUUACAUCGGUGUCAAUGUGUCCCCACCAAACCUUCUCCUAGGUCACAUCGGUCUCAAUGUGUCCCCACCAAACCUUCUCCUAGGUCACAUCGGUCUCAAUGUGUCCCCACCAAACCUUCUCCUAGGUCACAUCGGUCUCAAUGUGUCCCCACCAAACCUUCUCCUAGGUCACAUCGGUCUCAAUGUGUCCCCACUAAACCUUCUCCUAGGUCACAUCGGUCUCAAUGUGUCCCCACCAAACCUUCUCCUAGGUCACAUCGGUCUCAAUGUGUCCCCACCAAACCUUCUUUUAGAUCAGUGU